UUUUUUUUUCCUCCCCCUCCACAAUUUUACUCACAGGAGGAAAAAGUAAACGUUAAUCAAUAGAAAAUAAAGUAUAAACAGCAUCCGGAUUUUGUUGGAGGAAACGAUGUGGUUGACGAGGCACCAUCGGCGGAGCUGAGGUGUAUUCGCUUCCGUCGAUCGGACUUGGACGUCGCUUGGCAUUUUCACUGGAAUUGUAUUAAAGAAUGAAGAAGGACGAAAUAAUGAACGGCAAGGGCCUGGACGGUGGCUACGUGAACCACGCGCUGAGCGAGUCCACCGCGGAUUUGGCAGCCAACGGUUCCGCCAAAUCUUACAAGUCGCAGCGCGAGUUGCACGGCUCCUCUGACUUUGUCUUGGUGGAGGAUCCAGACGCAGGUGACGACGAGAGCAAGCAGCGCGAGAACGGUUUGCUCGACUGCGGCCACGAACUGAUCGGCCGAUUGAGACGCUCUUGUUCGCGCAAGACCUUGAAAAAGCGACUGCCCAUCGUCAAUUGGCUGCCCAAGUACAACGGCCAGGACGCUCUCGGCGACCUCGUGGCCGGCAUCACGGUCGGCCUCACCGUCAUACCCCAGUCGCUCGCCUACUCGCAGGUCGCCAGUUUGCCCGCCGAAUACGGCCUCUACGCCAGUUUCCUGGGCUGUUUCACCUACAUAUUUUUCGGCUCGUGCAAGGACGUGCCCUUCGGACCCACUGCCAUCAUGUCCCUACUGACUUACCAGACCGUCAGCCACAUCAACCCCAUCGAGGACAGGGAAAGGCACGCGGUUUUACUUUGCUUUCUCGUUGGUCUCAUCGAACUGCUCAUGGGCGUUUUCGGACUUGGUUUCCUGAUUGACUUCGUGUCCGGUCCGGUAAGCUCGGGCUUCACCUCAGCCGUCGCCCUUAUCAUCGUAUCGUCCCAGAUAAAGGACAUUCUGGGCAUCAGCGCCAAAGGGCCGACCUUCGUCGAAAUGUGGCGUAGCAUCGUCGAGCAGCUGCACACCACUCGGGUGUGCGACGCGGCUCUGGGCGUCUCCUGCAUAGUGUUCCUUCUCAUUUUGCGGUCAGUGGCUUCCAUGAAGUUUGGCCCGGAUGACGAGCACCUUCGCAGUAAGGGACAAAAAGUGGUAAACAACUUCUUUUGGCUGACGGGUACGUCGAGAAACGCGCUGCUCGUCAUCAUUUGCGGAGCUAUUGCCUACAAUUUUCCUACGGGAAACAGUCCGUUCAUACUCAUAGGUGCUAUCCCGAGUGGAAUGCCGCCAGUUCAAGCACCUCCGUUUGGUUUUAUGAACUCGGACAACGCCACGGUCUCGUUCUUAGACAUGUGCGCCAACUUAGGCAACGGGAUCAUCGUCCUACCCUUGAUCGGUUUGAUGGAAGAUAUUGCGAUCUGCAAGGCUUUUGCCAACGGAAAGUCAGUGGACGCCACACAAGAACUGAUAGCCAUAGGAAUCUCAAACAUUGGCAAUUCAUUCGUCAAAUCUUUCCCUGGAAGUGGAUCUCUCAGCAGGAGUGCUGUGAACAACGCUUCUGGCGUGCGGACGCCUUUGGGUGGUAUUUACACGGGUUUCCUGGUCAUAUUGGCCCUGAAGUUCUUCACUCCGUACUUUUAUUACAUACCGAAAGCCACUUUGGCGGCCAUAAUCAUCGCCGCUGUUAUCUUCAUGGUAGAGGUCAAAGUUAUCAAGCCCAUGUGGAGAACGAAAAAAUCCGACUUGAUACCGGGAGUGGGGACCUUCAUUGCUUGUCUGGCACUGCAGUUGGAAUACGGAAUAGCCAUUGGUAUCGGCAUCAACGUUCUCUUUAUCCUUUAUCACGCAGCUAGACCCAAGAUAAGCAUCGAGAAGUUAAAGAGCCUUCGAGGUGUCGAUUACCUGAUGCUGACACCCGACCGAUGUCUCAUCUUUCCAUCGGUGGACUACGUGCGCAACUUGGUGACCAAGUACAGCCUUCGAGAAGGCGGUGAAUCGACCCCCGUGGUCAUUGACUGUUCCCACAUCUACGGGGCGGAUUUCACAGCUGCCAAAGUCGUAGAAUCGCUGACCAAAGAUUUUGCGGCACGAGGCCAGCCGCUGUUUUUCUACAACCUCAAGCCGUCGGUCUACGCCGUGUUCGAGGGGGUGGCGCCCAAGGACUUUGUCGUAUACUACACGCAAGAGGGCCUUGACGAACUGCUCAAGGAGAGGGCCACUCACCAAAAACAGGUGCUGCGGGACGUCAUUGUGCCCUAGCGCCAUGGUGAUCGCGUGGAUCCUAGUAUUUUUGUGAAUUUACUAAUCAAACCGGACGUUAAGGGUUACGACACGUUUGCCAAAACAAUUAUGAGAUGUAGCGGUUAACCUAUAGAGAGAGACUCGUGUUUGGAAUUGAUGAUUUUGUUUAGGAGUAUAACUGCAGUGUGGCGCGUGUAUUAAAGAAGCAAUAUUUUUCAAGUACUCGUAAAAUUGAUCAGUAUUUUUUUUUUUUUUUUUUU